AUGGCUGAGCCUUCGUCUGAGCUGUCUGAGGAAAACCUGGGCACCGAGGAACCCCCGAAGCCGAAGAACACGAAGCUGAAGAACCUGAAGCCGCAGCGCCGCCGCCGCUGCCGCCGCCGCCGCCGCCGCCGCUGCAGCCGCCGGGUUGGCUUUGAAAGCUUCGCCACCUAUUUCCCCAGGGUCCUGAAGCAGGCCCACGAGGGCCUGAGCCUCUCGAAGGGGGCGGUGGACGUCCUGGAUUCGUUCGUUGAGGACAUCUUCGAGCGCAUCGCCAGCGAGGCCGGGCACCUGGCCCGCUCCACCAAGCGCUCCACCAUCACCUACAGAGAGAUCCAGACCUCCGUGCGCCUGCUGCUGCCCGGGCACUUGGGCAAGCACGCCGUGUCCGAGGGCACCAAGGCCGUCAUCACAUACACCCUCCACAAAAUGAGCUGCCUCCGGACCACCUGA